CAUAUGUGCUCGGCUUCUGUUCUACGUGGGGGCUGUUGGGGGCUGGUGAGCGGAACAGACUCUUGGCCAGGCAGAUGGCCUCUCGAUGGCCAGCUGUGCGGGUCUCCAUGCGCAGGAGAUCUCUCCAGGACCGGGAGCAGCUGGAGGAGAGCGAGGUGCUGCAGCCUGCUGUUGGCCAUCUGGAGACCUCCAGCGGGACCCUGGGCUCCCUCUGCAGAGAGUUCCAACGGAGGCUGCCCCUGAGAGCAGUCAGCCUCAACCUGGGGGCAGGCCCCUCCUGGAAACGCCUGAAAACCCCAGAGCCAGGGCAGCAGGGCCUCCAGGCUGCAGCUCACUCAGCUAAAAAUGCCUUUGGUGCCAUGUCCCAGCGAAUCCAGGAAUCCUGCCAAAGUGGCACCAAGUGGCUGGUAGAGACCCAGGUGAAAGCCAGAAGGAGGAAGAGAGAGGCACAGAAGGGCAGUAGCGUGCCAGCUCGUAGUCUGAACCAGAGGAGCACCCGCCUGUCUGGAACUGCCCCUGCCCGCUCAACCCUGGGCCCCUGGGAGAGGGAACGUCACCACCACUCCACUCAGAGGGGCUCACGGGCCCACCCACUUCGGCGGUCCAGGAGGGAGGCCGCCUUCCAGAGCCCCUACUCCUCUGCAGAGCCCCUCUGCUCCCCCAGUGAGUCUGACAGUGACCUGGAGCCUGUGGGGGCAGGAAUCCAGCAUCUCCAGAAGCUGUCCCAAGAGCUGGAUGAGGCUAUUACGGCUGAAGAGAGCAGCGACAUGACUGUUUCCCUCCUUCGUGACUGAGGAUAGUGCCCUUCAGGUAAUGCCCUCCUCCCGAGCGUCUUUCUCAGUGUCCUCCCACUCCUCCUCCCCCUCCUGCAUGAGCACAUACGCAUAUUUGGAGACAUGUUAAAGAACUGAAUCUUUCCUGGAAAAACCUGCAGAACGGAUGGGCCCUGCAAAGUAGUAAGUGUGCAGCCUUCCCACGGGCGCGGAGCCAGAGCUGCUGACCUCACUGACCCCAUCACAAACGGAGCACACAAACGGACCCCAUCACAAACGGCCCCACAUAGCUACAGCCACCUUCCGGCUCCUUUUGCUGGGAGGCUACAGUUUGCAUACCUCCCCUGCUCGAGCACAGUGAUGUGCACGAAGGGAGCUCUGUCUUACAGGAACAAGCCCUCCCUGACCCCCACGUCCCCACGCCCAGGAUCGGUGCCGCCCCACGAGUUCCUGGAAGAAGCCCCUAGGAGUCGGACGUGCCCCUGGUCCGCUGCCAACAAGGACCCGGGUCGGGGCUGCUCUGGGCCUCUGCUCUCCUGCUCCAGCUACAUCUGAACCUGCCAGUGACUGCCUGCCACAGCCCGAGGGUGACUCAGGAGGACCUGGGAGGGGUGGGAGCAUUGUGCAUCCUCCCCUCGUGGGCUUUGAAACACUCCCCACCCUUGAGCCUUGUCGUUGCCUCAUUUGCAACAUGAAGCGCAGGCUGCAGAACAUACCUGAGAGCACUGACCCGUGGGGUCUGCAGGAAGUCACCCACUGUGUUGCCAAGUGCCGAGGCUCUUGAGAACCAGCUCCCGUCUCUGCUCUGGAAAAAGCAAUGGGAGGGAUUUCCAGGCUCUGAGACCCUGGGUCCACAAGUCCCUAUUUAUAUUCUCAGCACAGGGCACUGUGGGUGUGCAGGGGUGGGGGGCACUGCUCAGCAGCAAUUCUGCCCUUCGUAAAUUAUUUAAGAAAUCUGCUUUGUCAUUUUAUUAGAAAGAAACUGGUG